AGCUUAAACUCACAUGCUAUUAUUCCAAUUUGGAAAUUCAGCUUAAAAGAGCCCAAGAGCGCGCUGCCUAAUUGGGUGAAGGGUUGAGGGAAAAUCUCUCUGAUUAGCCCUCUCCAACAGACGGGGAUUAAGCUUUUAGUCUGUAAUUAUUAUAAAGCAUACGUCAGCAGAUAUCCACCCAUUUCAGACAGACAAUACAGGCAGAAGAAUGUCCUGCUAGGUGCCUCCACUUGCUGCCAGGCCUGGUCUAGCCCCGGUUAGACGUGGAUACCUAGGAAUAGCAGCAGCAGGAACAGGAAUAUCCUGAGUCCUGAGUCAGUGCCACGACGCUGACACAUUCCCCGGCAGGGCUGCCUCUGCUCUGAUAAGCAUCCUAUGCUAUUCUGCUCAAGAUGGCGGUGCAGGCAGCGGAAAAGGACGGAAUAGUUUUGAAGAAUGUCGAAGAUGACCAUCUGAACGACUCGCUGGGAAACCCCGGCCUCAUCUCACCCGACAAAGAAGAUUUAUCACGUCUCCUGACGGUGCCAUUCAGCGGACGCAUCCGAGGCGGCAUGCGUCCAGGGAAGAAGAUCAUUGUCAUGGGCAUAGUGGACGUGGAGCCAGACAGCUUUGACGUGAGCCUGACCUGUGGGCGUGGCACAGAGAAGGAGGAGCCUGUGCACGACGUGGCCCUGAAACUCACGGCCCGAUUCGCUGACCGCCAGUUCCUGCGCAAUGCCCGCAUCUCCGGGAAAUGGACAGAGGAGGAGGCAUCCAUCGCCUACUUUCCCUUCAUCCCCGAUCAGCCUUUUAGGAUUGAGAUCCACUGCGAGCACCAGAGGUUCCGGAUAUUUGUGGACGGACACCAGCUCUUUGACUUUUAUCACAAAGUAAAAUCUUUGCCCUCUAUCGAUACAGUACGGAUAUCUGGAGGUCUACAAAUCACCAAGCUCGGUUAACCGCCUCCACCCUCUGCAUAAAAUUGUGUGUGAAGCAAGGACUUGAUCACAGAGGAACACACACACACACAAACACGCAAACACAUUCGCCUGUUUCAUCACCAUCCACCACCCAUCAUGCAACACUACCGCAACGUAGCAGCUGGGAAAGGCCCCCGCCGUGACAAGUUAGUGCUCUUCUGCUUGGUUUCUUCCCUCCACCUCCUUCUGUUUUAAUUAUUUAAUCCGGAUCUGAUGAAUUGAUGAUGCUUUGAGGGUGAAUGCAACAUUUUGCUCCUUUCCAGGAAUUUUCUUUGUAGCCCCAGUUUUGUUGGAUCAGGGAUUUCACAACAUUAUUAAUAGCACACUCGUCUGGUGUCCCAAUGGGGUUUUGCUUAGCGAGAGGCUCAGGUGUGAGGAGUGGAAUACUUUCGAGUCUAGAAAAGCAAGUUAGAUGUUGAGAAAACCUGUCUCAGGAAAAUAUUUGGCACUUAUCUUAGAAGGAAAAUGAAAGUAAAAUGUCGUAUUAGGGUGAAAACCUUGUGAACCCAGGGGCCCCCAAGUGAUUUUCUUGUUUUAACUUCAAUUGGAAGUGAAUUUUGAAAAAGCUCUGACUCUCUGGCUUAUGCAUUGGAUAAACUGAAAAAUGCAUGAUGGUUAAGCCAAAUACAAGCCAGUUUUUCUUAGUUCCUGAAAAAUUUGCUCUUUUUUGAUUAUGAUUGUGUUGUAUUGAAUCACAGCAGUGUUUAGACACUCAUUCUGAGACUUAAUGGACUCCCAUAAGGGUGGAAACACAUCUGCUAAAAGCUGGUUUAGAGCAUUACAUCACUGGUUAUGGUGUGACUUCACUCAUCCAGCUGCUGAGACAGGAUAUGUAUCCACCCACACUGAUUAUUGUCACAUUUAGCUCCUGAAACACGGUCUGCCCAGGAGUUUUGGGUGCAGUGUUUCAACCUGAGCACUGGUUUGUCUGUGCUGGUGUAUCUCCAACUUUCUAGGCGCUCCUCCUUUCCCCCAUUGGGUUUACUCCAGUUGUCAUGGUAACACACUGCAGCCUCACUGACCUAAAUACCGAAAAAAUGAGGAUUAUAUUGUGAAGUCAUGGCGAGCUGCAGCCAGAUGAAGGCGUCUCAUAUUGUACACAGUGUAUGCGAGUAGUUUGCCCGCAGGUGCACUGCAGCCGUUCUCCCACAGCUAGGAAGUAUUGUGCACUGAUUAGAGCUAGUGAGCAGAAUGUAUGAUUCACACUCAGCUUUGUUUACAUUGGUGGGCAUGGAGGGUGGAGCAGAAGCGCUUGUCGAAAUCUAUUUGCUUACUGCUUUUGCACUCGUCAUGGAACACGCUUAACGUGCGAACCUCACUAGAGUUGUGCACAAUACAAUAUGCAGCAAAAAAAGAUGCAGACAGAUAGGCUGGUAAUCAUUUUGAAGAAGUUGUGCUGUCCACAGUGACGGUGUGGUGCAAGCGGCGGCUGAGGGCAAACUAACCCCAUACUAAAAUCUAACUUUAAGACACGUUGAGCGGUUGGUGGUUUUGAAGAGGGGGAACAUGGCCGCAUGGUAUUUUGAAUGUACAGUGCUCAUGUUUCCACGGUAGCAUAGAAGACUCGUAUAGCGAUGCACAAAAAUGUUACUUCAUGUCACAAGUUUGGGUGUAUGGCCGGGUGCUGUUACAUUCCAUGUCUCGUCCUACGUCUUGCACGUUGUCUGCAAUCAUUCCACACAGGGUGUUUUGUCUGCACUGAGGUAGAGCGAGGUUAGACUGCACAGUUAGAGCCCUGUUUGAUACAGCCACCAGGCAUAUGUAGUCUCACAAGUUUGUCUUUUAAGUAUUGCAUGGUUUUGUCUUCAUAACCAUUCCAUUCCUCCACUCCACACCGGAUAUCUGGCCUGCAUCGGGGCAGAAAGGAGGUCAUCGUGCCGUUAUAGCAGAGGUUACAGCCCUGCAUGGUGAGACGUUCACGUUUUUGAAGUGUCCUAAGGUGCUCUAUCUACACCUUUUUACAAGAUCAGUAUUCACUAUGCACUAUCAGGAAGUUCAGAUGAACCCAUAAAACCGGGCUCUGUUUUGUUUGGUCACAACAGGUCCGUUGAUAAUCCUAAAUUUCAAACCAAAAAGACAAAGUUAUAUCACAAGAUUCAAGUAAUGUGCUUAAUGUGACGACGCAAAGCCGCAAGCUCCAAAGUCCAGCCUCGGGCCGACAUCACAUUGUCUGAUGCUUUGUUCCCCACUUUGCAAGUUCUCCCUGGAACGCAGAAACUGGGCACAACCGGCAAAGUGUCGUGCCAAGGGGCCGCUGUGGCUCAGCAAAGAUCUCUAUUGUGUUUGCUCAGGCUUGCUGAUGGAGGCCAAGUGCUUGUGCGUUCACCAGCACUGCAAGUACAAGAGCAAAAAAAAAAAUAUCUGGACAGUUUCACCAUGGUGCACAGGUAAUUGGAAAGAUUCUUAAAACAGAGGAAUACUGUUAGUUUUGACAUUUUUUAUGCCAAGUAUUCCUUCAUUGACUCAGUGUUGAUUAAAAAAAGUGAAUGAAGUUUUCUCAUCACCUUUUUUGCUGCUGCGAGUUUGGAAUAAGCCAUGUCAGCUGUGUAGAACAGUUGCACUGUUUGACUUCCUUCUGUAGGUGCGUCACAUUGCCUGCGGUCUCUCCGAGUAAGCUGCUCCGUGUUGGGUGCAGCAGACGGACAACUGCAGGGCGCUCGCUUGACGUGCACCACUGCUCACUUUAAUGAAGCCCUCUUUGGAUAUCUGAGCAAAAGGUUAAGGAAACCUCUUUGUUUAACAUCUCAUUACUGUCAGUGCACGGGAGGCUGCAGCCCUGCACGGCACACACCAAGAUGCAGAGAUGCUGCCUGCAUGCAUACAUUCCAUAUUUAUUUGUUCCUUUCACGUAGCAAUAAGGUCAGUGUGACCGUUUUUGAGUGAACUUGUUUCCUCCUGGUUGGUCAGACAGGGUCUUCCUGAACUGGAGAGCACUCAUUUUCUCAUGACAGCCACUGGUUUAUUUUGGACACAAACAGGAAACAAGUAUAGUUUGGUCUGAGAGUACAGUACAGUACAGUUUGAGAGGAUGUGAACCAGUGCAAGUUACAACAGUAUUACAACAGAAUUGUGCAAAUGAUAUGUGUAAUUGUAUUGACAAGGUGUGUUGUUGGCUACUCUUUUUGUGUUGCUGUCCACUCUAUUUACAGUUGAUCAUCCAUUUGUAAAACUACAAUAACAUCAUGUAAAUAUUCACCAUGCAAAGAAUAUAAUCACACUCACAGGCCAGGUUGGAUGAACAAAGUCCUUCAUACCAGGUGUGUGAGUGUGUUUAAGUGUACUAUGGAUUCAUGUUUUGGCUCCUCAGCCGGUAUUUCUCACACAUGGACCCCAGCUGGUGAUUAUGGGGUCAGCAGCGGCGAUGCUGUUGCUAGGAAUUAUGGGGGAGGGAGAUAAACACGUCAAGACUUCCUGUUUCAAAGGGCUCGGUACAGGAUCUCAGCUGGAAGAGCACUGGCCUCAACACUUGCUCUGGCUCAGAAAAGCUUUAGGGCUGUUGUGGUUUUUCCAGCUGUGUCAUAUCCACAGUGGCACAGUGAUUUUUUUUUUUUUUUUUAAUUUAUUUUUUUCCUUAAAUUUGGUGAACAGUUUAGUGCGGUACAGAUACACUGGAAGCACGCUCGCAGGAUACCCAGACAUAUUUGGUACUGACCCACUUUGAAAGUCUGCUGUGUUGGGUGAUGCUGACACCUGAGGGACUCGCACAACUGCUUCUAUUCCAGUGGAAAACCAAAGGGUGCUGAUAAUACAUCAAGGCCAAGAACCGGUACAACAUGGCGCCGCUGCCAUGAGAAACUUCUAAAUAUACAGUAUUGUGUAUCUCUUUGAAAUAUACUGUUAAAUUAAGCAGACUCCUGGCCCUGAUCUCCUCAUGAUCCCAUGUCUUAUUUAUCUCUUGAAGACAUUUUGUAGGACACAUGGUCCCUUUGCUCUGAAAAUAGUCAUUCUUGCUCUUAAAGCAAAAUUGAACUUUGGUCGAUGGCUGGGUUGUCUAGUUCCCUGGCUGUGAUAUGAGUCCACAUGGUGGUGAAAUAUCCUCAUUAGAAUACUGUAUUUGUGUUUCUCUAUUCACUUCUGUAGUGCAGCAAAACAGCUCCCAAACUGGAACAAAGUGGAUAAUGCCAACAUGAAAAAUAACAAGUCCUAGUACAAUUUUCUUCCAUGUAAUUACAAUUAUUUAUGCUAUAAGGUCAUUUCUUCCUGGCGCAAGGCUACUAUGCACAAGUUUCCUGCCGGAUCUACUUUCCAAUUUAAGUAGAAGAAUAACAAGGAAAUAGACAUUUCUUUUCCUCAAAAAAUGGGUGCUGGGACUUUAAUUUUUUUUUUUUUUUUUUUUUUUAAUAUUGCCAUAAUCUGCUUUGUUUGUGUUGGUUUAUGAGCUAAAUGUGUUAUUUUGGGAUUGGUUUUGCUGUGAAUAGAGUGAAUAGAGAAAUACAGUCCAGAGAAGCACAGAGCAACUAGUGAGGACAUUUCAACACCAUAUAACACCCAGGGAACUACAGCACAACACUCUACCAGUUUCCAGUUCAAUUUGCUUGAAGCAUUAUUUUAAUUGUUCUACAUCCCUUUAAAAAUAACUGAAAAAGUGAAUGUCAUUGCCUCCUGAUUGUAAUCUGAUGUUUCAUGACUUGGGGGGGGGAAUAUUUUCACCUCUGUCAUUGAGAAUCCUUCAUACUUGUUGAAUUGGAAACCCCCCUUCCCACUCUCAGUGCAGGGUAAAUAACUGCAGAGAAACCGUUAGUCUGACCCAGGUCUGUAUGUUACCUUGCCUUUGGAUGUUGGAUGUACAUAUUUCUGAACACGGCCUUUCGGGGCUUUGUUUUUACAUGGAAAAUAAUGAGCUGAGUUAAAAGCGGAAAGCAUUUUGUUGUGCAUGUGCUGUGAAACUAGACUACUCUCUGGGGAUUUUGUAUACAUGAAAGAUCAAAGUGAUAUAAUGCCCAUUUCUGUUCCAGUAAAGCAUGCUGUUUGUUUUUUUUUUUUUUCUCUCUAUCCGGCGUUUUUCAAGGGCAGUUAUCCCUUGUAGUUUUAUUUUCCUAUGUCCUAUUUAUCUCUUUAGCCUAGUAUUUAUGACGAUUCCUGUUUAGCGCUCACCUUGAUCACAUUUCCUGUGCACUGUCUCCGAACACCACUGACAUAAGCAUUAGGAUGCAUAACACAGGAAUUCAUAAGUAUCAAAAUUAAGCUUUGUUCCCUGAUUUUCAACAAGUAGGACAAAAUAACCUAAAAGAGCUAACCCAGACUGCUGUUGUGAGAGAGGCGACACCAUGAUGUCUUUUUUUGAGAAGCAAACUAUAUUUAUGAAGUGUCCUCUGAGUAGAUGUAGGCUGAUAUGUUGAUAAUGUAUUGUGUGGUUGUACAAUCAUGUUCUCAUUUCUAGUUAUUACAGUGUGACCAACAGGGUUGUGUGUGGAGAAAUCGUACCUAUUGGCACUGUACACAUUUUUGCUGAUGCUGUUUUUUUUAUUAAGGCAUCAAAAGAUGUUGGAGAGCUUUGAAAUGUUGGAUUUUUACAAAGAAGAGAGCCCAAGUGUUUUUUGGGGUUAUGGGAAUUUGUCCAGAGGAAAUCGAUUGAGUAUGGUCUGGGUGUAUUUUUAAAAACCAUGUACAAACUGAAAAUUUUCUCUACGGCAUAAUGAAGUGUGCGUGGAAGUAACAAGUGCAAACUAUUGAAACUAAUUUCAGAAUUAAAAAUGUCUAACUCUAACCACCCGUUGUGCAAAUUCACCUCUAAAAUUCUUCCUCCUUUGAAAGCUGAUUUUUUUUUUCUCUCCAAAUUUUCUGAGAGUCUGAGUUACACUUUGAUCGUGUGAACCAUCAUUUUGACUUGAGCAUUACCAAGAAUGUAACUGUGGAUCAGCAGGAUAUUGGAGGUUGUACUUCUGAUCUCCUGAAUGUCCCUUGUCAUACUAAGUGACAUGUUGGCACACUGAGCGGCGUUUGAUCCGGCGUUUUGCUGUCGAACAGCUUUUUGUUCGCCACUUAAAUCUGCCCCACAGGGACUGAAGUGCUCCGGCUUACAACGUGAUCCGUUCCCAGUUUAUCCCGGAGUAACCCCGAUUCUGCGUCUUAUUGAGAAUGUGCACUGGACCAGUAUUUAGAUGAAGGCAGUACAUUCUACACAUUGUGUUAGGCCUCUCUCUGAGUGUUUUUUGGUUUUGUUUCAUUUCUCCUCGUGCUUUUGUAAAAACAGCUACUUUGCAGACCAAUAAACUUCUCAUCUUGGAA